UGUCGGUCAACACGCAAUACUAGAGAGUCGAAAAAAAAACAAUCCAACAGACCAACCGAAAUCACUGAAGCGUGGCGCCAUUGCCAUUGCCGAGAUUGAACCGGUGAUCGUUUUUCGUUGACAUCGAUCGAGUCAAUGAACCAGCAUUUCUAUAUGUACGCAAAUUGGAAAAACCCCGCAUACCUACUUGGUGGUUGGUCUGUUGCAUUUUUUCGUGGCCGUAGUUUUGAGAUAACGGAUUCUUUUUGCAACUGUGCCCUUCAUCUUCCUAUAACUGGAGCAAUGAGUGUCAACUUAACUUUUUGGCGUCAAACUCUAUUUAGAGCAGCAUAUGGCAUCUUGAUAGAUGGAUGGGAUGAAUAGCUUGGUUCGGCGCGGAAGUCGCAUCAACAAUGGCGAUCACGCGGAAAUCGACCUGACGAUCGAUCCCGUGACGAAUGUUGAAUGGCCUGUUUAAGAGGUGGUUUUAUUUUAGGGCCUGACUGGCAAUGACUUGAGCUUCGCUCUUUCUGGAUCAAUGGAUCUUGAAGAUGAACUUUGGCCGGCUUUGGUAAAGACUUGUGGGCUCCGGUAUAAAUACUCGGUCGAUCGAUGACUAGCUUGAUCAGUGUCUUGUGCUAAUUAGUUUGAGCUGGUUGCUAGUUGAAAUGGGUUGGGAAAUUUCGGUGGCCGUGGUGAUUUUUUCCGGAUUACAAGUUCUGGCAGGUGGUUAUCCUUACGCCGAUAGUUAUCCUUAUAGUGCGACGGCUUUGGUUACGGAAAGCAAACUUUUGAAGGGCAUUUCGAAUAAGGCAUCAAUUGAAGGUGCGAAAGAUGUGCGGGAUUUUGCUCAUGACCACGUGAACGAUCAAGGUGGAAGGAUUAAUUCUGCUGCGGAUGCUGUGCGGUACCACGCGUUGGACAAUCAGAUCAACGGUCAUCGGAUAGCGGAUUCCUCGAAGGGAGGUUCAGUUGACAAGAUCAAACAUCUGGCGGGGGAAAAGUUCGAAACUGAUAAAUCUCACAAUCGAAAACAAAUUAAAUCAGGAUUCAGCAAUUCCUAUCACAAAGAUGAAAGUGGAAGCAAAAGUUCGUUCUACGAGGAUUCUGAUGAUCACGGCGGCAAACAGAUUUUUGACAACAGGCAGAAUUUGAGGGACAAUUACAACGAUCACCUGUACAACAAGGAGUUAAGAAACGAUCACCUUAAGGAUCGUUACGAUGAUCGAUAUGGGGGAGCUGAUCUUCGUGGCGUUCGCGACUUCCAUCAUCAAACGGCUGCUGAUCGAGGUAACCUCCGUGACUAUCGCGAUGGCUUCCGAGACGACCGCGACCAUAACCUGCGAACGUAUGGCCACGAGAUGUAUCCGGCACCGUACGGACAUCACCUGCAUCAGCAUCCCUUGGCACCGGUUCGCCACUAUGACGACCUCUACCAUCGGAAAACGUUCUACGAGCCUCGUCCUGCCUUCAAUACCGGUCCCUUCCCACGUCCUGCCAUUACGGUGUACGAAGAUCCCCGUUAUCCUACCGCUAUCGCUGCUGGCGGCUAUGGUCAUGAUCUUGGGGAUGAGCGUUUCCGACGUUUGACGACCAACGACGACGACGGCAGACAUCCCGCGGAUCGAUUCCAGCGCAGAUUCGACGAGGAUUUCGCCGAUCGGACGAGACUCAUUUUCCGUCCCAGUCCGCUGCUCAACUACCGGAGACCGUGACGGACGAAUGUUUAAUUGAUUACAAUAGUUAUUAAUGUAUGCUCGUCAAUGGGCUCAUUUAAAGGCGGGAAAAAAGAACUCGUGACUCAGCUGCUUUCCGAGUAUUAAAGUUAGAGACUUCGAUUUUAAGAAUUUAAGA